AUGAUUUCAACGGAGUGUGUACCGGAAGAAGGCCCCAGGAACAGGCGCACCACAGGCGCACCACAAAGGAAUGGUUCCACAGGAGACGAUUCGACGAACCUAACUGGGCGAGAUCGCCCAAAAGAAAAAAACCAGCUGAGAACCACGGGAGGACAGCGAGACCGGAGGAAGGCUGGCAACGUGGGAGUCCAGAUGAUGUGGGUGGCACAGCGAGUAACUGGCCCUGUCGACGCUGCUUCAGAGAUACAACAGCUGGAGGGAGGACAAGAGCGACAAAGAGAGACCGCGAAGAAAGAUGAGGAACACGCGAGAAGGACGCGAGGAAGCAGAUCAAGUCACGAUUCUUGGUGA